AUGUCCUCAUCCACCACUCUCUACCAACGUGCCCAGGAAAUCGACUCGAUCGCAACAUCCUCUCUGCUCUCCCAAGCCAACACCAGCCUCUCCCAGGCUCUUUCCCAUGCCCUUGAAAACUCCGCAGCCAACGGGGUUCCCCCCAUAACUGUCUCGCCCCUGCAAGGCCAAUACCUGGCGAUCCAAGCGCAGCUGAUCAACGCAAAGAACAUCCUCGAAGUCGGCUUGUUGGGAGGAUACUCGACGCUCUGGUUCUUGAGUGCCGGUGCCCAUGUCACUUCUUUGGAGAUUCACCCUCAUCACCGUGACGUGGCGCUGCAGAACCUCAAGCAUGCGGGCUACGAGGAGGGAAAGGACUUUGAAAUCAUCCUCGCACCCGCCCUGGAUAGCCUCCCACGCCUUCUCAAAGAACAACAAGGCGGCAAAAGAGGAAAAUUCGACUUGAUCUUCAUCGACGCGGACUGGUCCCAGCAAUACGACUAUUUCCAACACGCCGUGCAACUCGCGCGUCCGAAUGGGUGCAUUUACAUCGACAACGUGGUCCGCAAUAUCCUCGAGGGAUCUGAUAGCGAAGCGUUUCAAUCUGGACGGAAGGAGACUUUGCCAGUCAAGGUAGGCAAGGACGACAGAGUAAGGGCCACGCUGGUGAGUGUGGUCAGCAGUCACAAGGGAGAUGAACGUGAGACGUUCGAUGGGUUUCUCUUGGCCGUUGUUAAGGGAUAA